CUAAUGUGCAAGCAAUCUUCGCGGGGUUCCUCAUACAAGACGCUUCAGACUUGCAAUCGCUUUGCCUACACAACGUCUACUCCGACGUCAAGACGGGCCAAUCCGCAUUGUGCACUGAGAAAACAUGCAGCACAAACUUCCAGUACUUUCUGACGUUGCGGGUAUAUCUUUCGACUACGUUAUAAUCGGCGGUGGGACUGCCGGACUCGCACUUGCUAACAGGCUUAGCGAGAAUCCUCGCGUUUCCAUAGCGGUCCUCGAAGCCGGCAAAGCUCAUAUUGAUGAUCCUCUCAUCACGAAGCCUGAUGGCUGGUUAGAACAAUUCAUGAAUCCAGAAUAUGAUUGGGCUUUUCCAGUCGUGCCACAAACACAUGCCGGUGGCCAGAGCAUGCCCUGGAAUAGGGGCAAGGGGCUGGGUGGAUCGUCCGCGAUGAAUUUAAUGGGAUGGACGAGGCCGCAACAUGACGAGUUCGAUGCGAUCGAGAGGCUCGGCAACCUAGGAUGGAACUUUGAUCGUUUCUGCAUGUACUCUCAGAAGUCCGAGAGGUUUAUGUCACCGGAUGUUAUGAAGUCUCAGAAGGACUAUCGGGAUCUCUUUGUAAAAGAAUCCAUCGGAACUGAUGGUCCUAUUCCUCUUUCAUUUGCUCGGAUGAGCGUUGGUGUCGAAUAUGAGUUGCAGCAGAGCCUUGAGAAGAACGGUGUUUCGACUGUCGCAGACAUGCUAGGCGGUGAGCUUCUUGGAACCACUAAGAUCAUUUCGAGUAUAGAGCCGGCCAAUGAGACUAGAGCCUAUUCUGCCUCGCAUUACCUCUUUCCAGUGCUGGAAGAGCGGCCUAAUCUGAAGGUUUUGAGUGAAGCAUACGUUACAAAGAUUGUCACUCAAAAAGAAAGCGAAGAGAUUGUUGCUACUAAUGUCGAGUUUGAGCACGGAGGUGCACUGCAUCGAGUCCACGUUCGGCUCGAGGUAAUCCUCUCUGCAGGUACUAUCAAGUCCCCGAACAUUCUAGAAUUGAGCGGAAUUGGUGACCGUGCGAUUUUGGAGCCUCUCGGCAUACCAGUCGUCCACAAUCUCCCAGCUGUUGGGACUAACAUUCAGGAUCAUGUCACUCACCCUGGUCUUGUAUUCGAUAUGCGUGGCGAUCGCAACAUUGUCACCGGGGAUUUGAUGAAAGAUUCCACCUUCCAGGACAAACUCAAGGAACUAUAUCCCGAUGCCGUGGGCCCGCUGUCACUCGCCUGGACUAGUAUCACCUACCUCUCUCUUCAAGGCAUCUCAGAUCGAGCCGACACCAUCAUAUCCAUGCAAGCUGCCAAAGUAAAGCAGGGGGGUGCAGAAUAUCCGCCUGGGCUGAACGAACAAUAUCAAUUGCAACUGGAGCUGUUGAGGAACCCACAGGUGCCCGACGUGGAGUUGAUGUUAUUCCCAUUCUCGCCAUUCCGUCCUAAUACUUCAGGAAUUCCCCGUCUCGCUCUCUUACCUGUGCUCAGUCAUCCAUUCUCUCGUGGUACGAUUCAUAUUAGCUCCGCGGACCCGAAGGCAGCUCCGAUUAUCGAUCCUCAUUAUUAUGAGCAAGAAGUCGACCUGGAGAUAAUGUUGGAGGGUCUCAAGUUCGCGCGGAACGUUUCACAGACGGAACCUUUCAAGGAUCUCAUUUCUGUGGAGCUGCUUCCGGGACCCAAUGUCACCGACGAGAAUCAACUACGCGAGCAUGUACGUGCCCGCUUCGGUACAGCCUGGCAUGCAGUUGGAAGUUUGUCUAUGUCGCCUAAGGAUAAGGGCGGCGUGGUUGAUCCGAAUUUUAAGAUAUAUGGGACCAAGAAUAUUCGUGUUGUUGAUCUCUCUAUUUUCCCACUUGAGCCCGCGGCUCAUCCACAAGUUCUUGCCUACGGGAUUGCCGAGAUGGCGGCUGAUGUCAUCAAGGGCAUGAAAUAUGCUUGAACUGUAUCUUGUUCCCAAUUCCUCAGUUUCGUGAUUAUGGCGUGCCGGUCCUGUAAGCUGAUCUGUAGUUGUUGAAUAACGCUUGAUCGUAUGCUUUCUCCUCACCCAUGCCAUUUCGCGAAUACAACUCAGCGUCACAU